GUGCUUUGUGCGUGCCUCCAUCUGUAUGACUGCAGCAGGAGGAUGAUGAAGGUCCAUUGUGUACUCCUCCUCCUCAUCUGCACAGCUGGGCUGGCCCCGGGCUAUGAGGACGAGACUCGCCUGGUGGAGCACUUGUUCAGUAACUACAACAAGGUGGUGAGGCCCGUGGAGGACCAUCGGGACGCCGUCGUCGUCACCGUGGGGCUGCAGCUCAUCCAGCUCAUCAGCGUGGAUGAAGUAAAUCAGAUUGUGACAACUAAUGUGCGCCUGAAACAGCAAUGGACAGACAUCAACCUCAGAUGGAAUCCAGAUGACUACGGUGGUGUAAAGAAAAUCCGCAUCCCCUCAGAUGAUAUCUGGCGGCCAGACCUUGUUCUUUACAACAAUGCAGACGGGGAUUUUGCCAUUGUAAAAUACACCAAAGUCCUUCUGGAGCACACAGGUCUGAUCACCUGGACACCACCAGCUAUUUUUAAGAGUUACUGUGAAAUCAUAGUCACCCACUUCCCAUUUGACCAGCAGAACUGCAGUAUGAAGUUGGGAACUUGGACAUACGAUGGCACAGUGGUUGUCAUUAACCCGGAGAGUGAUCGUCCAGAUCUGAGUAACUUCAUGGAGAGUGGGGAGUGGGUGAUGAAGGAUUACCGUGGCUGGAAGCACUGGGUUUACUACGCUUGCUGCCCUGACACCCCCUACCUGGACAUCACCUACCACUUCCUCAUGCAACGCCUGCCCCUCUACUUCAUUGUGAACGUCAUCAUCCCCUGCCUGCUCUUCUCCUUUCUAACAGGGCUAGUCUUUUACCUACCCACAGAUUCAGGUGAGAAAAUGACCCUCAGCAUCUCCGUCCUGCUGUCUUUGACUGUGUUCCUGCUGGUCAUCGUGGAGCUGAUUCCCUCCACCUCCAGCGCAGUGCCUCUGAUUGGCAAGUACAUGCUGUUCACCAUGGUGUUCGUCAUCGCCUCGAUCAUCAUCACCGUCAUCGUCAUCAACACCCACCACCGCUCCCCCAGCACGCACACCAUGCCCCCCUGGGUCAGGAAGAUCUUUAUUGACACGAUCCCAAACGUCAUGUUUUUCUCUACAAUGAAACGACCAUCAAGAGACAAACAAGACAAAAAUAUUUUUGCAGAAGAUAUUGACAUUUCUGACAUUUCUGGGAAGUCAGGUUCUGUGCCUGUCAACUUCUACUCCCCGCUUACCAAAAAUCCAGAUGUGAAAAAUGCUAUAGAGGGAAUCAAAUACAUUGCAGAAACGAUGAAAUCGGACCAAGAAGCCAGUAAUGCUGCAGAAGAAUGGAAGUUUGUUGCAAUGGUGCUUGAUCAUCUCCUCCUUGGCAUAUUUAUGCUAGUUUGUUUUAUAGGAACAUUAGCUGUAUUUGCUGGUCGCCUUAUUGAAUUAAAUCAGCAAGGAUGAACAUCAGCUGGAAACUAUUUGCUGCACUGAACAUCCCAUAACCAUCAGAAUCUGGCCAGGUUCACUGACAGGAAUCAGUAACUACUGGGAAAGAGCAGGGGUAACAAAAUGUAAGGCCCCAUACUUAGCACUUCUGAGCUUCUGCUCAGAAGCAUUUAAUUGUCAAACAGAAACACUUGCAUUAGUGGUAAAAUUGAAUGGCUGUCAGUCAGGUUUUGAUCCGUUUUACUCUUUAUUAAAAAUGUUAAUAUAUUAAUAAAACUGUCUGACUUUGUAAGCAACAGAUACUAUUCCAGUGAAGUCAAUAGCAGUGUAAUAAGCUUUAGCUGAGCUGUAAAUCUGUUUCCAACUUUGGCAUUCAAGCUGGAUUUAAUAUCUGCUCUGUGGCUUUUGCAUAAGCAGAGUCGCUCCUCUGAUAACACUAGAUAGAACCGUCAGCAAUAUCUCAAACUCCAUCCUUAAGCACUUGAUUUUCAUGCACAAAUCUGAACUGCCUGUCUUGCAUGACUCUACCUGUAGAAGCUCU